GGGAGAAAGAGAGUCGGGCCUUUCGGCAAUGAAAAUUUAAUUAAUGUGGGUGGGCUGAGAGAACACAACGAGUGUUUAUCAUAGACAAUUUAUUUUCCAGCGCUAAGUCAACAUAAAACAGCAAAACGGACAACAAUUAUUUAACAUUUUAGACUCAUGGAGCGGUCAGUCUCUGCUCAGGACUGCUGGUGAUCUCCACAGACCAAAACUGUCCUCCGAAGUCACUGCAGCCAUGAGUUUAUACCGCAGUCAAGUGUCCCAGCCAGGUUUAUCUAAUUCCUCACUAAUCUACGUCUACGGUGGGGAAGUUGGAGGCAUCAUCCCCGCUUUGGGAUUCGCGUCCACCCAGCAGGAGCCUCCGCAGAAACCUCCCUACAGCUACAUUGCGCUCAUCGCCAUGGCAAUUAAGAACACGCCGGACAAGCGCGCGACGCUCAGCGCGAUUUAUCAGUACAUCAUGGACCGCUUCCCCUUUUACCAUGACAACAGGCAGGGCUGGCAGAACUCAAUCCGCCACAACCUCUCGCUGAACGACUGCUUCAUCAAAGUGCCCCGAGAGAAAGGGCGCCCGGGCAAGGGCAGCUACUGGACGCUGGACACCAAAUGCCUGGACAUGUUCGAGAACGGGAACUACCGGCGACGCAAGAGAAAGUGCAAAAGUCAAGAGACGCGCGAGACCAAAAUCAGUCCAAAGAGGAUCCAAAGAGCGACGACACUUCAUCACAACACUCAUUUGGAAAACGAGGACUCGGGUGUAGUAACAAAGCAAACGAAUACAGACGAAAAACACCCUGAAAGAAAGCAGUCGCGCGAUACAACUCCAAAUGUGGCCACGCGCACAGAGUUUUGUGCGUCAUCCAACUUUACGAAAGACUGGAGUUUUGCGCGCGUUAACCCAAGAUGCCCGACACCCGAGUUGCUGAACCCGAUAAAUCGCGCUAACACAAACCCUUUAAACACGAAAGAGACGGACCGACAGGAUGGCGUUUUGUCAGCUACAGUUGGGAGCGCGCGAACUGGAGACGCCAGAUCCAAAGACACGCACCCUAGAAAAACGGCAGACAAAUCGAAGGAGUUUAGCAUUGACAGUAUUCUAUCGAAAAAGGAAAAUCAGCACCAACGCAGGUUCGGUACUGCUGCUGCUGCUGGAACGCCGGUGGCUUGUCUGGAGUCGCGCGGUUACGCGCUCACGUCCUCACUGAUCGCACACGCGCACCCACAGCUGUAUCCACGCGGAUUCCCUCUCUGCUCUUACCUAUCUCUCACCUGUCCUGACAAAAUACUGUACUUUAGUGAGAAAACAGAUGAUAAGCUAUUCUUUUGACUACUCUUUUUAGUGGCCUGACAAAUAUCAGACUGUACCAAAUAAAUGCAUCAAAGAUAUCAAAGGUAUUGUUAUGUUUAGACAAGAUGCAAUUCAUAUUUGCUUGUUAGUAAUGGCAAAUACAAUACAGUUUAUAAAACAUUAGUUAUUAGUAUGAUUGUUGUCCUUAUGGGAUUCAACAUGGGUGGCCCACUCUACAGAAGAGUAACAGUUGUUCAUUCUUAGGAUGUAGGCUAUAGGCUACUAUUAUCAAGAAGGCACUCUUGCAGACAAUCCAUAGCACAGAUGUCUGACUUUGUAUAAUGUUAUUGUUUAUUUAAACAACAGUUAUACUCCUCUCUGUACAUUUGAGCAAGACAAAGACAUGGACAAACUAUGACGUCCUUGUCUCUUCUUUAACAACUUUAUAGACACACAAACAGAUAUAUUCUUUAAAGUCAGAGCAAAGGAAUACAAGUUAAGCUCAACCGAAAGCAUUUGGGACAUAAUGUUGAUUACAGUGAGGCACUUACAAUGGAAGUGAAAGGGGGCCAAUCCAUAACCGUUAAAAUACUCACUUUCAAAAGUAUAACCACUAGAUGUAAACAAUAUACAUGCUAAUAUGACUUUAGUGUGAUAAAAUUGCCAGUUUUCAACCUGUUGCCAUGAUGAUAUAAUGCUGUAAACAUCAAAACAACUGUAAAAACAGCAAUUUAAACAACUUUACAGCUCAAAUAAUACACGAUUUUAACAGAAGAAUUAAGUGCUUUUUAUAAAAUUAUAAGCUUCACAUUUCUGCCAAUUAACCCUCCAGAAAUGGUCCCCAUUCACUUCUAUUGUAAGUGCCUCACUGUGACCUCGAUUUUUGAUUUUUUAAAGAAAAGGAGAGACGAAUCGAAUCAACAUUAUGCCACAAAUGCUGUCGAUUGAGCUUAACUUGUAUUGAACACGGAAUAUUCCUUUAAGUUGCAGGGUAAAAGAAAUACCUGAUUUGUACCUUGGACAAACAACCAUUCACUUCACUAGUUAAUAUUGGGUUAAACUGAAAACACAAUUGCUUAAAUAAACAAGCAUGUGUGAGAAACAUAUUCAUCAAAUUUCUUCAAAUCUUAAAAUUCCUUGAAACAAACACACACACACACACACACACACACACAAACUUCAGUUCUGUGUUUCUAUUGAUCUCCAAGGAAAACGGGUUAAUCAGUUUAGAUAUCCUAAUGAGUCUAAAAAGUUUUCUUUACGUUUUAAUUUAAACGGCAUGUGAACUUCUGCAUUUCGAGAUUUCUCUGAGAUUUGCUAAAAGCCUGGGGUGCACUAAAAAUCCCACUAACAAUAUAUAUGCACCUGAAUCCCAGUACAUCUGUCUAUAAAUGACUUUUUCAUAUACAUGUGUCAAACAGUUACUUAGAACUAAUCAUAAUGCUGAACUGUGAAACUAGUGUCCCUAAUGUAUUCCUUACCACCAUAUAUAGCCAUAAGUGUUUUUUAACUGAAAGGUCUAAGUCUCAGUGAGUGCAGAUCAGGAAUGCUUGUGGAAAUAAAUAAGCUUCCCCAUAUUCGAGCAGAGGAACUCAUAUCCACAAGCAUUUCCUGUGUAUAGGAUUCUUUUGGUCUGAAGUGUAAAUAGAAUAUCAUCCAUCUGAAGGUUUGGAAGAUCUAAUUCAUGAUUAGAACAAAAUACUUUGACCCCAUUGGUUAAUUUUACGCUUACAUUUUUUUUUUAUCCCAUGAAAUCAGCUGAAUUAUUCCAUAAUUGUUACUUUUAUUGUUAAUAAUCAUUUUUAAAGUCUGACUUAGUUGUUUUUAGAGUUACAGCCUUAUUUUGUUUUAUAGAUGGUUUUGCAUUGUAUUCUCACACUGGGGACUUGUGAUGUCAAAUGUCCACAAAAUAGAUAUCUCAUGGUCCAUUUACACACAGUGCUGAAGAGAACUGCAAAAAAGAGCAGUGUGCCCUCUAGUGUUGUCUUGUAGCUGCAAUACUCUGUUAUGAAUAAAUAACACAUGAAAAAAAUAAAUAAAAUACAACACUGAACAUAACACUAAUGCAGUCCAUAACAUACAGGCAUGCACUUUUAAAAGACAAUACAUUUAGAAGUUUUGGCAUCAUCAAAUGCCAUUUAUUACAUUAAGAUCUAAUUAUUUAAUAAAGAUGUAUUGCUCAUUAUUUAAAAUGAAGAUAUUUUGAUAGACUAUACUGAAGUAUCUUUUAGAGCUUUCCUUUUCUGUAACCACAAAUACAAUAUCACACAAGGCAAAUGUUUUCUCAACAGCUUGGAGCAGAUAGACCGCAGAGUUUGAAGUUUAAUGACAACAUUCUCAGUUUCUGUUCUGUCCUUCUCAAGCAUUAUAUUAAAAUAAACUGGAAAGAUGAUCUUCGCAAGUGUUUAAAGUGUAAAAAUCUGCACUCAAGAGAGGAACUUUGCCUCAUUUUCAUUUAUUUUAACUGGAAAUAGAGCACACUUUCUCUGCACAACCACAAGUGCUAUGCUGCGAGAGAUGUUGCCUUGACUAUAGAGCAGAAUUUGAUAAAAAGCAAUUGUCUGACUUGAAAAAACAAACAAACACACAUUUAUGUUGCAUAAAAAAAAAAAAAAAAAAAAAAAAAAAAACAUAAUUUGGCUCACUAAAAGUCAUUACUCAUUUCUAAGUCAAUCCAAUUUUGUUGUUUAAUCAAAAUGUCAAAAACCGUCAUUGAUUCAGGUCAACAAACAGGACUUUGCCACUCUCAAGUAUGUAAAAGGUUUCAUCAUAAUUAAGCAUUUACCACAUGGAGAGGUUCAUGGUUGAAAACUUGGAUCUCCUCUAAUGACUUAUCUGAGAAUGAGCUGACAAGGCCUGUUAGAUCUGAUAGGAGUCAAAUCAAGAAUGAAAGACAUGGAGUCAGACUGCAGAAGUGACAUCGCCCUUGUUUCAUGUGCAAUCACAUCUCCAGGCAACACAUAAUCAUACCAUCUGAAAACACUUGCAUCAAAAGAGUUUUAAUCUUUGUGUUUAUUAUAUAUUUUCACUCCUAGCGUAAACCAAACUCAGUUGUCCAAAUAUGUUCUCAGCACUGCAGGAGGGGUGGGGCUUUGAUGAAGAUUGAUGGUCUCUCUGGGAGGAACAUUAGCUGCUAAUCAAGUUAUUUUUCCUUUUGCUCCGCUUUAUAUGCAGAGAGCACUAGACCCACAUUUGCCAUUAGGUUUGCUUAUGAAACACACACACACACACACACACACACACACACACACACACACACACAAUGC